CAUAAACAGAUAGGACAGUACUUGUGACGGAGAAUUAUACCUCACUUGGGAAAUGUGCAAUACUCAACUGGAAUGUGUUUAUUUCUGAUGCCUAAAACAACUGGAUAAUUUUAUUUUGGAUUUCCAAAGAGAAAAUCAGGAUUUAAGUAAUGAUUUACCUCAUCAGCCUUUUGUGUUUAUUCAGCACAUCAGAUGCAGUCAUGGAUCUCACACUGAGGUCAAAUGGGAGUAAUUCUUCACAGCACUUUGCUCUCUACUGCAUCACAGGCGAGCGUAAUGCUGAUGGAUUAGAGCUUAGCAUCAGAAAAGACAACAGCAUAAUGCGUAUGACAAAAGAGCCUCUUUUCACCGUGCAAAAGCUUCACUCUAGAGAAGUGCUGGCUUCUGGUUUCAGUGGCAUGGGGCAUAAGGGCAUCUUUUACUGCCAUUUGAAGCAGGGUUCAAAACACCAGAGCACUGUCACACUCAUCAGCAACUACAAUAAAGGUCACCUCAGACCACAGAGGCUCUCCAUUGUGACUAAUAAAGGAGAUACGGUACAUCUGGCAAUGGAAGUGGUAGGCACGGAGGAAAGAGAUGUCACAUGGAAAUUUAACGGAAAUUAUUACUACAUGACCAACUGGGGUGAUGUUGAAAAUUGGACUGCAGUUCUCACCAUAAAUAAUGUUAUGCCAAGCAAUGCGGGGAUAUACAGCGCAAGCUACGUUGGAGACAGCCCCAUCUUUGGAGCCUGGAUGCAUCUAAUUGUUCGCGAUUGUCCGAAAAACAAAUGGGGAACAGGAUGUGACAAGGAAUGUCCUGAGUGCCUUAAUGGUGGUGUGUGUCAUGACAAAGAUGGAGACUGUGUUUGUCCUCCAGGCUUCAUGGGGACACGCUGUGAGACAGCAUGUCGAGAGGGUAUGUUUGGGCGAAACUGCCAGGAAUCCUGUAAGGCAGAAAAUGGAUGCCAGGGUCAGACCUUCUGCCUUGUUGAGCCUUAUGGCUGCUCCUGUGCAAGUGGCUGGCAUGGACAUCACUGCAACAAACCUUGUCCUGAGGGAUUGUAUGGAGCUGACUGCCGUCUGAGCUGCAAUUGUAAGAACAAGGGCAAAUGUAGUCGAUUCAGUGGCUGCCAGUGUCCUACCGGUUGGAGAGGACAACACUGUGAGAAGCUAGAUCAUGCUCCACAAAUCCUUGACAUGGCUAGGAACCUGGAGUUUAACCUAAACUCCAGCCCAAAAAUCUUAUGCUCUUCCACAGGCAAUCCUCUUCCCAGUCAUACCAGUUUUGAGCUACGCAAGCCGGACAGCACGGUCCUUAAGGCCUCCCACAUCACAAUGGAUGCAAACAAGAGCACAGCUCAUUUUGUGAUUCCAAACUUGACUCCUGAGGAUGGGGGGCUCUGGGAAUGUCGAGUCUCAACAGAGGGUGGGCAGGACUUCUGUAAGUUCAACCUGACUGUUAAAGAGCCCCCCUGUCCAACCACUCCUCCAAAACUGAUUGAGAAGAACAGCAAACAGAUAGUUGUAAAGCCUGUGGAGAAAUACAGUGGUGAUGGACCCAUUUCGUCUAUAAAGAUCCUCUAUAAGCCUGUGGAGUCAGAACACACCUGGUCUACAAUAAUAGUGUACAACAAUGAGCCUAUUACACUAAUGAACUUAAAGCCCAUGACCAAAUAUCAGGUCCAGGUGCAGCUUACCCGGCCAGGAGAUGGAGGACAGGGACCAUUGGGUCCAGAGGCUAUCAUGGAGACUGAAUGUCUAGGUCCCUCUUCACCACGGAAUGUCCAGGCUAAAUCCUUGUCCAUCAGCACAGUUAAGGUUUGUUGGGAGCCCCCUGAAGAUCACAAUGGAGGCAUUGUGAAAUACGUCAUUGAAUACCAACCAGUGGGCAAGGUCAGCCAACACCCUUUGGUGGACACUGAUGAUGGAAACAAGACCACCAAGGAUGUGACAGCAUUAAAUGGCAGCACCUUAUACCAGUUUCGUGUGCGGGCUUUCACAAAGGUGCCUGGGGAGUGGAGCAAAUUUGUGCAAGCAAAAACUCAAGCCGAUGGCCCUGCCAACUACAUUCCAACUACUCAGGGGGUUGGAAGGCCUCAGAAGGAGGAUCAUCAGCUACUCUGGGCUGUGAUUGGCUCAGUAGCAAUUACCUGUGUCACCAUCCUUCUAGCACUACUGGUCCUCUUCUACAUACGCAAAUCUAUUGUCAAACGCAAACGCACAUUCACCUACCAAUCCGGAUCUGGAGAAGAGACCAUUUUGCAGUUCAACUCAGGGACUCUCACACUGACUCGGAGACCAAAGCCCAUCUCGGAACCUCUAACUUACCCUAUUCUGGAAUGGGAGGACAUCAAGUUUGAGGAUGUUAUUGGUGAAGGGAAUUUUGGGCAAGUCAUUAAAGCAAUGAUCAAGAAGGAUGGAACCAAAAUGAGUGCUGCAGUCAAAAUGCUUAAAGAAUUUGCCUCAGAAAAUGACCACCGGGACUUCGCUGGGGAACUGGAGGUCCUCUGCAAGCUGGGCCAGCAUCCCAACAUUAUUAACCUUCUAGGAGCUUGUGAAAACAAAGGUUACCUGUAUAUUGCUAUUGAGUAUGCUCCUUAUGGGAAUCUCCUGGAUUUCUUGAGGAAGAGCCGUGUUCUGGAGACGGAUCCAGCUUUUGCUAAAGAACAUGGCACUGCCUCUACACUCACCUCACAGCAGCUGCUUCAGUUCGCCGCAGAUGUAGCAACCGGCAUGCAUUACCUUAGUGACAAACAGUUUAUUCACAGAGAUCUGGCAGCCAGAAACGUACUGGUUGGAGAAAAUUUGGUGGCAAAAAUUGCUGAUUUUGGACUCUCACGUGGAGAAGAAGUGUAUGUCAAAAAGACCAUGGGGAGACUUCCUGUACGAUGGAUGGCUAUUGAAUCCCUUAAUUACAGUGUCUACACCACAAAAAGUGAUGUCUGGUCAUUUGGGGUGCUCUUGUGGGAGAUUGUAAGUUUAGGAGGAACUCCAUACUGUGGGAUGACCUGUGCUGAGCUCUACGAGAAGCUUCCACAGGGCUACAGGAUGGAAAAGCCCAGAAACUGUGAUGAUGAAGUGUAUGAGCUGAUGAGACAGUGUUGGAGAGACAGGCCUUACGAAAGGCCGCCGUUUUCUCAGAUAUCUGUUCAGCUGAACAGGAUGCAAGAGGCAAGGAAGGCCUACGUAAACAUGGCUCUGUUUGAGAACUUUACCUACGCCGGAAUAGAUGCCACUGCUGAAGAGGCCUGACUACUUGCCCCCCCAGAUUCCAGCAGGUUCCACAAUCCGAGGGAGGCUCAGCACAGCAGGGCCAUACGUUACUGCCAACCCCCUGUUGUUCGAUUCCAUCGUUCAAAGAAGAGACACUCUCCAAGGACCAUGGGCUGUAGAGGAAAGACUGUGAAAGGACACUUGUAGGGUCCCUACUCCCUUCUGUUAACCUGUGGAUGAUCUCAAUUCAUUGUCAAUACACUGGUUGUCUUGAUGACAGUGUUUGAAUGCUCAAAAAAAGGGAGUUUAAAAGAGAUCACAUUUCUGCUGUACCUGUACCUGCUGGGAUCUGUGGGGAUUUUGACAACUCUGUGAAUAUAUUGUUUUCCAUAAUGAGCUGCUUUGUAACGUUGUUGCUAUGGAAAAACAUAUCAAUGCAGUUCAUACAGAUGGACAUCGUUCUAUGUAGCACUUAAUGUAAUGACAGAAAACCAAGUGUACCAUAGUUAUUUUAGUACUGCAUGUAUACUGUAGAUUUGAGCUCGAUUUCAUAUGCUUGUAAAGAGGCACACAUGACACAUGAUGCAUCUACAUGACACCCUUAUAAGCUCACAUAGCCUACGUAAACUUUAUGUAGUUAUGUGUCUUUAUCAGUGUCACUGACUUUAUAUCCCUGGUAUGUCCAAGUCACGUAAUGGUGAUCAUGCUACAUGAUAAACAUGAAAGCAGGCUUGCUAAUUUAUGACCAAAGAACUAAUUUACAGCUCUGAUAUUACAGAGUCAUAACAUUGCAAUAAGGGAUUGUAAAACAAAUGAUAUAUAAGCCAAAAAAUGUUUUAAUAUGAAACUCACUUUAAAAGCCAGAGAAUACAUACAUAACUGCAUUUAGAGUGUGAAUCAAGUCAAUUCUGUGUAUAUACUGUAUCACAGUGGAUUAUAAGCACAAAAGUAGCUUAAUGGUGUAGUACUCCUAAAAUCUUCACUAGGUAGCAUUGUUAUACAGCAAGUUGUCACAAUCAGUGAUAUUAGUACUGUCUUUAAACGUACUCGUGUAUAUUAAUUUUUCCAAAUUAACCCUCACUUGGCAGGCUAUGCCUCUCUGUCUCAAAAGAAGCUGUGCCAGUUUCUUUAAAGAACAGAAAGAACAGUUUCCCUAGUUAUGUACAGUAUGUAGGAAGUCUUUCUGGCCGCUUCGUCUGUUGUAAGCCUUUAUAAAUGUUUAAGUGGAUUAUGCAGGUUUUAUGUAGACAUUAUGAAUAAUGAAAUCGUGCUUAGAAAACAUCUUAUCAAAUACCUUUUCUAUGCCUUUACUGGAAGUGAUACCAGUUACAUAAAUGUGUGUAUUCGUCAAUCACAUGUACAGUUGGAAAAAAAGAACUGGGAAUUCCAUAGAUUUCAUUUAAUUUUUGUAAAUAAAACCUUUAUAUGGAAAUGACUUGCUACACAAAUCAUCUGGAGGUUUUGGUUACAGCAAACAAAAGAGAACAUAUUUUCUCCCUCCACAACCUGCCCCGUCCCCAAACACCUCCCACCCCAACCCUGGGCCAUACCUUCACCUUUCUCUCUCUCUCUCUCUCUCUCUCUCACUCUCUCUCUCUCUCUCUGUCUCACACACACACACACACACACACAUUAUUCUCAUUUUCGCUACUGUCAGUCGAAGUUGGGCCUCUCGCCUUCUGCAGCUCAGUGAUCUGUCAGAAGGUUUCCUCUCUAAACCACAUGCACUGGACUUGUCAAGCUGAGGACACUCAGUUUCCUUCCCACUACCACAAUCUCACACAAACUCUUGCUUAGACAUACACACGCUUAUAUCUAUACAUUAGAGGUGUCAACAAAUCAUCAUUCUGUAAACAGCUCAUUCUACCCAUAUUUUUAUUUAAUCAUUGUUAUUCAAGAUUUUUGCGUAUUUAUAUGCCAACUUAAGAAAUGCUUAGAUUGCAAUAGAUAGCUAUCUAUCUGACAGUAGAUUUUUAUUUUUUUGCUGUUUCUAAAGUAUGUCCAGAUGAGGUGUAACACAAUGCCACUAUCUGAUUCUACAUAUGUUUAUGUUCUACAUAUGUGCUCCAAAUAUUCGUACACUGGAAAACACUGGAAAGAUACCAUGUGCAAUUUUUUUUAAAUAAUAAAAAAUUAAUUGUGCACCUCUUAUAA